CGUCGGACAUAGUUGAUGACGUACACAGCUGGCGCAUGCGCAGACGGAACAUAAACGAGAACACCUGAGAUACUGCCUCUGCUGCCGCGGCUGUUUACGAUAUUUACAAUAUUAAUUAUCCGACUGUAACGUAACGUCAGUCGCACUCAUCCGCCGACACAGCCGGGCUGAACCAGGGGGGCUGUGCUUGUAUUUUUAGCCGGAUACAGGCUCGCUCGGGCCCAUGUUUACCUCGCAGACCUCGUCCUUCCAGGACUCCAUCGACGUGGAAGAGAGAGAUGACUUUGACAACGAGGAAAUCUCUGGAUACGGUCAGAAAAUUCAGUUGAGCUGCUACUACACCAUCUACCUUUAUCAAGGCACAAGAUCUGAGGCUUCUGGGGAAAAUGUGGCAUGGAACCAGAGACGAGCAGACUCCACAACCAGUCAGGAGGACUUUAGCCUGACCCUUAUUGACAGCAGCCUUCCACCGGAGGCCGAACCUGAGCUGCGAACUUACAUUUCAAGGAGGCUCGGCAAAGGUGCCCUGCUGGGAGGCAUGGGCAACAUCGCCACCGUGGAACUCAGUAUCCCGGAGCAGGGAGUGGGCUGUUAUUGCUGUCUCCUGGAGCAGGAACGGUCCCCUGAACAGCCCGAUGCUGAUGGAAACGGAUAUGUCGUCUGCUUCAUGGGCGGCUCUGAAAAAGGACUGAACUUAUUCAGAUUAGAACUUGAUAAGUAUGUCCAAGGCCUGCAUAGCAGCCUGCAAACCCCAGAGCUGCAGAACCUUGAGACAGAGGUGCGUCCGUAUCUGAGCCAGUGGUACGAGGAGUCUGUGAUGCACAUUUAUCGGGUGGUGCAGCUGGUCCAGAGCAACAUCAGCUUCUUGCUGCACGCUGCGCUGAGUCAGACACACGUGGAGCUAAGCAAUUCAGAUCAAAGGACAAAGGCAGAUGUAUCCAGGUUCAUCAAAGCAGCCAGUUUGCAGGGUCUGUCCCAACAAGACACUACAACAGCUUCUCUGUGUAAGGCUGUCACAGAAGACACGCACACCAAACUGAUCAUAGACUGCUCCACCAGCCCACCCACAUUCUCUAACACAGUCAGUAAUCGCUUCUGUGACGACUGGAUUCAGGCGUUUCUCAACGGCGCAGAGCGAUGUAAUCCUUUCCUGCUCAGACAGAUUCUGGAGAACUUCAAACUUAAGGCCAUCCAGGACAUGAACAGCCUGAAGCGCUUUGUGCGUCAGGCGGAGAUGAGUCACUACGCCCUGUUUCGCUGCUGCCUCUUCCUGCAAGCCUGCGGAAACGGGGAUGUGCUGCUGCAGAAUGCGCGGGCAGAGCACAGCGACCUGCCCGAAGCCUGCAGCAUCAUCGGUGUCCUGGAGGAGUUCCUCAAGGAACUGCCCCCGGCCCGGGCCUGAUUCCAUCAUAACGCUGUGUCUGCUGGCAACACCGCAGCAAAGCGUAUCCCUUGUUCACCUCGAGACCUCGUUCCACCUCAUGUUCAACAUCUGCUUGCUGGGUAAAAAGAUGUAGCAGCUGCCAAAUUCAGAAUCUGUUAAGGCAGAUGCCGAAUUGACAUAUUGAAGUUUCCUGUGCUCCACUAGUAAGACGGCACCUGAUUCUGGAAUAUGUUCUGACACCCAGCUUCCCUCAACAAGUGGGUCUGUCUGUUUUGGGCUAGUAGUUAAUUGAGAUCUGUAACAUCACUGCACUUAUCUUAACAAAGAUUAGUUGCCUAGUGGAGGUGGUAUUGAAAAUAUAUUGAUGUGUACAGAUCAGAUCCCACCUUCCCAAUUUAUUUAAGUGUUUGUAUAUUUCUUAUUACUUUGAACCAAAUAUUAUUUCUAGUGUUUUGCUAACGGACAAUGAUCACAAAACAUAACACUUAUCCAAUCUAAAGUGUAAUUAUCUAUACUUAUUUAUCCAAAUUCUUAUUUUGUAUUUUAGUUGAUUGUACUACACAUUGAGAAUGCACAAAAAUCACUUUUCUGCUUUGCUUGUUCCAUGGGCCUUGUUUGUGCUUACAUCUUACAAUACCUGCACUACAACAUGAUUUUUGUUUAAUGCGUAAUGCUACUGUAUGUACAAAUGACUUAUCCAGCAAUAUUAGAUGUUAAUUCUUAGAGUAGAUAUGGUGUCCUCUUCGAAUAUAAUUUCCCGUUUACAAGAAUCAUUAAUAAAUAUUCAUCAGCUGAAGACUUUAUGAACAGAACAGGCACAUUGUGAAGAGUCACUCACUACAUUUACUGAGCAUUUGUUUGAGGGUUCUACAAUGUCGAUACAAAAUAAAUUACAAUUCAGAAUAAAAGAUGUAUAAAUGUG